GCAUGUACUGGUAUUGAAAAUAUUGAUGAAGCUAUAACGUUGCUUGAACAAAAUAACUGGGAUUUAGUGGCAGCUAUAAAUGGUGUAAUACCACAAGAAAAUGGCAUUCUACAAAGUGAGUACGGUGGAGAGACUUUACAUGGACCAGCGUAUGGCCCCACAAGUCAUUCUACAGCAGCUUCUUCAACUCCUUCCUCAUCCUCAGCAUUUCGCCAUGUAGUGCCAUCUAGACAAAUAGUGGAAAGACAACCUCGAAUGCUUGACUUCAGGGUUGAGUACAGAGACAGAAAUGUGGAUGUAGUACUUGAAGACAGCUCCACAGUUGGAGAUAUCAAACAUAUUCUAGAAAAUGAACUUCAGAUUCCUGCAUCCAAAAUGCUGUUAAAAGGGUGGAAGACUGGAGAUGUAGAUGAUAGUACUGUUUUAAAAACUCUACACUUGCCAAAAAAUAAUAGUCUUUAUGUUUUAACACCUGACCUGCCUCCUCCUUCUUCAAGUCAUUCUGGGGCCCUGCAGGAGUCAUUAAAUCAAAACUUCAUGCUGAUCGUCACCCAUCGAGAAGUCCAGCGGGAGUACAACCUCAACUUCUCAGGAAGCAGUACCAUUCAGGAGGUAAAGCGGAAUGUGUAUGACCUGACUAGUAUCCCUGUCCGUCACCAGUUAUGGGAAGGCUGGCCUCCUUCUGCCACAGAUGACUCAAUGAUGCUAGCUGUUUCGGGACUGACUUUUCCUUGCCAUCGACUUACAGUUGGAAGAAGAUCUUCACCCGUACAAACGAGGGAACAGUCAGAGGAGCAAUGCACUGAUGUUCAUAUGGUUAGUGACAGUGAUGGAGAUGACUUUGAAGAUGCUACAGAGUUUGGAGUUGAUGACGGAGAAAUGUUUGGAGUAGCAUCGUCUGCCUUGAGGAAAUCGCCAAUGAUGCCAGAAAAUGCUGAAAAUGAAGGAGAUGCCUUAUUACAAUUUACAGCUGAGUUUUCUUCAAGAUAUGGUGACUGCCAUCCUGUUUAUUUUAUUGGAUCGUUAGAGGCUGCUUUUCAAGAAGCCUUCUAUGGGAAAGCUAGAGAUAGAAAGCUUCUUGCUAUCUACCUUCACCACGAUGAAAGUGUACUAACCAACGUCUUCUGCUCACAAAUGCUUUGUGCUGAAUCUAUUGUCUCCUAUCUGAGUCAGAACUUCAUCACCUGGGCAUGGGACAUGACAAAAGAAGCAAACAGAGCAAGAUUUCUGACGAUGUGCACUAGACACUUCGGGAGUGUUGUAGCCCAAACAAUCCGAACUCAGAAGACAGACCAGUUUCCACUUUUCCUUAUCAUUAUGGGAAAACGAUCGUCUAAUGAAGUAUUGAAUGUAAUACAAGGUAACACAACGGUGGAUGAGCUAAUGAUGAGGCUGAUGGCUGCAAUGGAGAUCUUCAGUGCCCAGCAGCAGGAAGACAUAAAGGAUGAGGAUGAACGCGAAGCCAGAGAAAAUGUGAAAAGAGAGCAGGAUGAAGCGUACCGCAUAUCACUGGAGGCUGACAGAGCCAAGAGGGAAGCACAAGAGAGAGAGAUGGCGGAGCAGUUUCGCUUGGAACAGAUUCGGAAAGAACAGGAGGAAGAACGUGAGGCUAUCAGGCUCUCUCUUGAACAAUCUUUGCCUCCCGAACCGAAAGAGGAGAGCACCGAGUCUGUCAGUAAACUGCGUAUUCGGACGCCCAGCGGAGAAUUCUUUGAGCGACGUUUCCUGGCCAGCAGCAAGCUGCAGGUUGUCUUUGAUUUUGUAGCUUCCAAGGGAUAUCCUUGGGAGGAGUACAAGCUGCUGGGCACCUUUCCGAGGAGAGAUGUGACCCAGCUGGAUCCAAAUAAAUCGUUACUGGAGGUAAAACUGUAUCCUCAAGAAACCCUUUUCCUAGAGGCAAAAGAAUAG